AUGGGACUCCCGCAGAGACAUUCGGCCACCGUGCCGGCCGCACCCCGGACUGGAGGACCGCCAGCCAUCAACCCGAACCUGGUCCUGGCCGUCCGCUUUCUACUCACCGCCCUCGUCUGCGGGCUGGGCUUGAUAGCAGCCAUCAUCUCCAUCCUCGUCGUCCAGUACUACAACACCCAUGACCCCAUCAUCCGGCCCUCGUGGGGAUCGCUCAUCUACGUCAUCGUCCUCGGUCUCUUUACGCCCAUCAUCUACUUUGGCUACAACAUCCUUCUUCCCAUUGCGCCCUUUAUCAACUACGGCGACUUCCUCUACUCGCUCUUCAUGGCCAAGAUCGAGCUCCUCCUCCAGUUUUCCUUCUGCGUCCUCUGGGUCUCGGCUGCGCUUGCCUACGCCAAUGACCUGCACGGCUACGAAAACUGCACUUUCGACGGCUACUUCCACUACCCCAAGCCUGCCGACUUCAACCACGUCUGCGACCUGACAAACCUCGUCGUGCCGUUCAACUACGCCGCCUUUGGCGUCCAGACGCUCCUCUUUGUCUUUGAGGCCCUCUUUGGCCUCUACACCUUCCUCUACCUCGACCAAGAGUCAAUCAACGAGCCUCACUUUGCCUGGGGCAGGCGCGCCUACGACUACCGCCUUGGCGCAAACCAGAGUGGUGCUGCUGGCCGCGGCAACGCAUACAGGGCCCGUGCUACCGAGUCCGAGGGCGGCCACCGCAGGUCCGGCCGACGAGGCGCAGAGUACGCAGACCCAGAGAGGGGCAGCGAGGAAAUGGCCGAGUCGGCCGCCGACAGCCGGCCCGCCAGCCUGGGGGCACGCGGGCGCGGAAGGCGCGGCUACGGCGAGGGAGACGAAGAGGAGGAGGAGAGAUACGGCGAUGGCGCACCCGUCACAGAGCACGGACAGGCCUACGAUGGCAUCGACGAUGGCCACACCGACGAAGGGUGGCACCUUCGCGAGGAAAGCGGAGCUGCUCGGGCCUAG